UCCACUCUGCUUCUGCUCUAGCACCAGCUGAGGGACAGCAUAUUUGAAGGAGGAAGAUGCCAAUUGUCAAAAACGUGAGCAGAGCUGUCAGCCAGCUGCUACAGAGCUCUGGUUGUGGAUGUGGGAUUUCCAUCGUGCCUGUUCGAUGUAUUGGAGUCUCACCUCGCCAGGUGGCCUCUGAUGCUAGCUUUCACUCCGUUUCUUUUUCCGAGUCUGAUCAUCCUCGAGUGCUAAUUACAGGUGGUCUUGGCCAGCUUGGAGUGGGACUUGCUAAGCUUCUGAGGAGACGCUUUGGAAAGAACAAUGUGAUCUUGUCUGACAUUAGAAAGCCUGCGGAUAAUGUUUUUUAUAGUGGUCCUUUUAUCUACGCAGAUAUUUUGGACUACAAGAAUUUACGUGAGAUAGUGGUGAAUAAUCGGAUAACUUGGCUAUUCCACUAUAGCGCUUUGCUCAGUGCUGUUGGAGAAGCAAAUGUCCCUUUGGCCAGAGCUGUAAAUAUUACCGGUUUACACAAUGUUCUGGAUAUUGCAGCUGAGCAUAAUUUGAGACUCUUUGUUCCAAGCACUAUUGGAGCCUUUGGACCCACCUCUCCUCGAGAUCCAACUCCUGAUCUCUGCAUUCAGAGACCAAGGACAAUCUAUGGAGUCUCCAAGGUUCAUGCUGAGCUCAUGGGAGAAUACUACCAUUACCGGUAUGGCCUAGACUUCCGCUGCCUGAGGUAUCCAGGAAUUAUAUCUGCUGACUCUCAGCCUGGUGGGGGAACAACUGAUUACGCUGUCCAGAUUUUCCACGAUGCCAUAAAGUCUGGCAAAUUUCAAUGCAACCUAAAGCCAGACACUCGUCUCCCUAUGAUGUAUAUUGAUGACUGUCUGAAAGCGACUCUAGAGGUCAUGGAGGCCCCCGCAGAAGCACUGAGCAUGAGGACAUACAAUAUCAGUGCCAUGAGCUUCACUCCUGAAGAGCUGGCGCAAGAGGUGCAGAAGCAUGUUCCUGAGCUCCAGGUGACCUACAACGUGGACGAAGUCAGGCAGGCCAUAGCUGACAGCUGGCCGAUGAACUUUGAUGACAGGAAUGCCCGGAGGGAUUGGGGCUGGAAACAUGAUUAUGAUCUCCCUGAGUUGGUGACUACAAUGUUUAGCUACCUUGGGUCUGACUCCAGGAUCGCUCAAGCUAACUGAAAUACUUUGUAAGAUGUUUCCAGAUUUCCACAGAGGACCAGGAAGAAAUGGCUAAAUUAGUUUAUAAUUUUCUGAGUCUUAGAGCAUGUCAAUUAUUAUUUUUUGUAAGUAGCAACAGAGUUGGGCAGAAACAUACUGUAGCUGGAAUGUACUAUUAGAUAAGCAACAUCGUUUGGUACUGUCUCCAAGCACAGCACCAAUGACAAACACAGAAUUCUUGAACUUUCACACUUAAGCAGCUAGAAAGAGGAAGAAAAAAGAAAAAAAAAAAAGCACUUACUCCUGGCUGAUGACUCUCCAAUCAUUCCUGCUGCCUGCCUCUUCUUUGGCAAACAACAUGGGGCAAUAUUGUCAAACCUGGUGUUUCAGGCAUAUCCCUCACAGUUAACGAUAGGUUUUUCAUUUUCCUGGUGGAGGAUGUUAGAUUGUAGCAAGAUAUGAUCCUUUCUACUCUUUGCUUACAAAAGAGAGAUCAGAAGAGCUACUUCAUGUUUCCAAAUUGUAGGGGUCGUUGCAAUUCUAGUUUGAAAUCAAACUUUGGUCCAUAGUUCCUAUUUAUAUAUAUAUAUAUAGUGCUUUAUAAACAUACACUUUUCUAUACAUAGGGCAUACAAAGUAGCAUUAUUCUUAUAAUGCUUAUAAAUGUGAAGGG